AUGGUUAGCGUAAUUAUUGCAAUCACUUCUUACAAUGAAGUUUUCCAUCCUACUGGAGAAAAGACUGGGCUUUACUAUACCGAAGCCAUUCACCCAUUCGAAAAAUUUCAUGCUGCUGGUUACAAAAUCCAAUUUGCUUCGGAAACUGGUAAAUGGGGUUAUGAUGAACACUCCAUCAAAAAGGAUGCAUUGAGCGCAGAAGAUUAUGAAACAUUGACAAAUGAUGAAUCUGAAUUCAACAGGACAUUGAAAAAUGUUAAGAAAGCAUCAGAACUUAACUCCAAAGACUAUGACAUCUUUUUCGCUGCUGGUGGUCAUGGAACAGUGUUUGAUUUCCCUAAUGCAAAAGAUUUACAAAGUAUUGCAGCUGAUGUAUAUGCUAGAGGCGGUAUUGUUGGUGCUGUCUGUCAUGGCCCUGCUAUUUUCGAAGGUUUGCUCGAUAAGACAACUGGUCAGCCAUUGAUUGAAGGAAAGAAAGUUACUGGUUUCACUGACGAAGGGGAGAAGCUUUUGAACCUUGACAGUGUUUUUGCUUCCAAUAACCUCAAAACCGUUAGAGUAGUUGCAGAGGAAACCAGGGCUAUAUAUAUUAGCCCUGAAGGACCAUGGGAUGAUUUUACAGUUGUGGAUGGCAGAAUUGUCACUGGUGCUAACCCCCAAUCUGCAGCAUCCAUUGGUACAGAAAUAGUUAAAGCUUAUAAUUCAUUAUAA